AUGGAUCUUGGAGAAAAAACGCAAACAACUGAUCAAACCGUCAUUGAAGAUGCCGAAAGCUUCACCUCAGAUGAGUCUGGAACCGAAACCAAGGGACACACCCUUCAACGUGGCUUGAAGGCUCGUCAUAUUCAAAUGAUCGCCUUGGGUGGCACUAUUGGUACUGGCCUCUUCAUGUCUUCUGGUAAGGCUAUCGUUGCCGGUGGUCCAGGUGGUGCUCUCGUUGGUUAUGCUCUCGUUGGUAUUCUCGUCUUUUGUGUCAUGAUGAGUUUGGGUGAAAUGGCUGCCUACAUCCCGGUCGCUGGUUCAUUCUCACAUUUCGCUACUCGUUUUGCUGACCCAUCUCUCGGUUUCACUGUUGGUUGGGUUUACUGGGCCAACUGGGCUGUCGGUGUCGCUGUUGAACUGACUGGUGUUGCCAUGAUUAUGGAAUACUGGGUAAAAUCAGUCAAUAGUGUCAUUUGGUCGGUUAUUUGUCUCGUCAUUUUGGUUGUUAUCAAUGUUUUCUCCGUCAAAGGCUAUGGUGAAAUCGAAUACUGGAUCUCAUUUGUCAAGAUUAUCAUUGUUGUCAUCUUUGUGAUUGUUGGUAUCUGUGUAGAUACUGGUGCUGCUGGUGGUCACUAUUAUGGUGUCUCCAACUUUCACUUGGAAGGUGGUGCUUUCCCUAAUCAAUUCAUCGGCGUGUUCAACGUUUUUAUUACUGCUGCUUUCUCUUUCAAUGGUGUUGAAAUUGUUGGUAUCACUGCUGGUGAAUCUGCCAAUCCUCACAAGACUGUACCUGCCGCUGUCAAGCAAGUCUUUUACCGUAUCGUUCUCUUUUAUAUCCUCUCCAUCUUGAUCAUUGGUCUCAUUAUUCCUUACACUGAUCCUGAUCUCAUGUCGGGUGCUUCCAAUGUGGCCGUCUCGCCUUUUACUCUUGUAUUCCAAAAGGCUGGUGCUGCUUGGGCUGCUGAUUUGAUGAAUGCCAUCAUUUUGAUUACCAUGAUUUCUGCUGGUAACUCUGGUGUUUACUCUUCAUCUCGUACUCUCUUGUCUUUGGCUACCGAUGGCUAUGCUCCCAAGGUCUUUACACGCGUUAACCGUUGGGGUAUUCCCAUCUGGUCUGUCUUGGCUACCUGUGCUAUUGGCUGUCUUGCUUUCUUGACAUCUCUUUUUGGUUCUGGUGUUGUCUUUACCUGGUUGACUUGUCUUACCUCUCUCGCUGGUUUGAUUACCUGGGUGUCCAUUUCAAUCACUCACGUCAGAUUCCGUCAAGGCUAUCUUGCUCAGGGUCGCUCUUUGACUGCACUUCCUUAUGUCGCUCCCCUCUUCCCUAUUUGUGAUAUCUUUGUCAUCAUUGUCGGUACUAUCAUUAUCUUUGGUCAAGGCUACAAGUCCUUCAUUGCCCCAAUCACUGCCACAGGUAUCAUUUCCACCUACAUUGGUCUCAUCUUGGCUGUUGUUCUCUACGUUGGCCACAAAUUAUGGAAGCGUCCUGCUUUCGUUAAGAAUGAAGACAUGGACUUUGAGACUGGUACCUUCCAAGAAACUGUUCUUGAUCUUCGUAAGGAUGAAGGCUUGGAUAUCAAUGGUCAACCUAUUCCCAAGUGGAAGAAGGUUUGGUCCAAAAUCAUCAGCGUCAUUGCCUAG